CCUGAGGGAGCCUCAUUGCGCCGCGAGACUCCCGCAUGUUUGCGUGCACUAACUCGUCGCUCUAGUUUUGCUCGAAGAGGGCUCGAUGCGUGCGCGCGCGCGCACAUUCUAUUCUCUCUUAUUUUCACUCUGAUUUUGCUUUGACUUGGAGAGGAGUGUUUUGCUCUGGUUUUUUUUUUUAAUCUCAAAUCACUCGUGUUUAUCUUUCUGUGUGAACAUGGAUACGAAUCAGGCGCCUCUUUCCCCGCCAGCCUCGCCUCAGCUUAAACAUAUGGAACCGCAGUUGUCGUUCAGCGUUGCGGCUUUACUGGGUGAGAAGCUUACGGACCAAUCGGCGAGAUCCAGGCGGAAAGAUGAAGAGGACGCGAGUUCUCGCCCUGUUCUACCGCCUACCCCUCAACCUUCCGACUCGGAGGAGGAUGAGCCACCCCGAAAGCGGCGGUGCGUUGAGCAAUGCGAACUGGCUAAGCUGCUGCUAGACGGCACGCCACCGCCGAGUCCAGAACCAACCCGGGUUUCGGUAAUAAUGCGCGCCAAUCGGGACGGUACCUGCAGUCCGGUCAAUCUCGCUGGGUGCACCGCGACUGGUGGCCAACCGGUACCGCGCGAUUUGUUUCCGCGACAGCCGCCCAGUCCACGGGCGAACGUGCAAGCGAACGUAACGGGACCGGUGGAGAACGUGCUGCGUAGCUUGAAGUUCAAGAUGAGCUUGCGCAAGGAAGAGAUUAUUGUGAACAGCAAGAAUACCGAUCGUGAAUGCUGCCAGCAGCAACAACAACAACAAUAUCAACAACAGCAACAAUUACCAAAAUUGCAACCCCUAGCACCUAAACCCACAUCUAUCGUGGUAGCAGGGUUGUUGGGAUCGUCCCUAGUUUUACCGCGUACGCCUCUUCUGUUGGUCGCCAGCGCGGCGCCAACCGUGCCUACCGCAACGACCACGACAACCAGCAUGGGCGCGGCGGAACGGCGGCGCGUUUACGAAUGCGAGCAUCCGGGCUGUGGCAAGAACUACUUUAAGUCGUCGCACUUGAAGGCUCAUACUCGUACUCACACCGGGGAACGGCCAUUUCCAUGUCCGUUCGAGGAUUGCAGUCGCCGCUUCUCGCGUAGCGACGAGCUGUCGCGCCACAAACGCACGCAUACCGGCGAGAAGAAGUUUGCCUGUGCCGUCUGUCAGAGGCGGUUCAUGAGAAGUGACCACUUGGCGAAGCACGUGAAACGCCAUACCAGAGACAAGUCCUCCACGUCAUCUUCUGCGAAUGGUCAAAUCGCCGCCUCCCAGAUGGCUCCGACGCCCUUGAGGGUGAGUCUGUUACCGGUGCUAGCGCCGCGACUGACGCGACCCGUUCAACAGCUGCUACCGCCUCAAUUGGCGGCUUAAAAGGAUUGGUACUCGCGAUUGCCAAAAUCGCUUGUGAGUUGUACUUUGCGCUUUCCAUGGGUGUGCCUUGAUCAGAGUCCAAUUGGAUUGGAUUGCUUUUAACACAUGGAGAUGAAGAAUGCUGAUUUAAAGAGAAAACUGGGCUGAUUCAAUAAGUUAGGAGAAUAUUAAAAACAAAAAUUAAAGUACCUAACACUUUUACAGUAAAAAUUGUAUCUAAAAUAUGAAAAAUGAAGAGUUUGAUUCUAACGGAGUGAUAUUAAUUGGAGAUAAAUAGGCAGCAACGGACAUUGAUCUAUUGGCAUCGAUUUAAUCUGAUCAAUUGGAAGAAUGUGUUUAUGUGACGAAGAGAAUUUUGCUGGUUUUUAAAGAUGGAAUUACUGGAAGGAAAAUAGAACAAAUUGAGCUGAGCGGGAAGAAAGGGCAUAAUAAGCUGUUAAAGGGGUGGAACGAAGACAUGAGGCAACGAUUGAUCCAUUGGGGAUUGUCGUCCACAAACUGAGUACCUAAAUGUGUCUGUGAUCUGUUACACUUGAAGAUUAAUGUGUCGUACAAUUGAGAAUCCUGCUAUCUCAUGAGUUAUUUGCAUUCGCAGCGUGCAUUCCUUCUUAAAUGUAGUUGCACGCUUUUUCAGUUUGGAACAAUAUGGAAGUGAUAAAUGCGUUAAACAAAUCGAACAAUCGUAUUUAACGCUGCAUAUGAACGGAAACAUUAAAAUGAAUUAAAAAUUUCUAAGGGUACAGUUUAAAAUUGCUCGAUUCUUCGCUGGUCGGAGAUUCUUCGUAAGCAAUACAAAAAUCUCAAAAAUAUUUGAAAAACAUCUGAUACGUUCUCGGAUAUUCUUUCAAUUUGUUUUAGAUUUUUCUAUUGUUAGAGCUUAUUAUAGAGCGGAUAGCCGCUCUCGGAAUGAAGUUCUCAAGUUUGAGCACGUUGACCGAGAGACAGAGAGGAAAAAAUAUUUAUUUAUGAGGAAACAAGAUGUUAUUGAUUUAUGUAUAUAACUGUUAUGUACAGAUUUCUAAAAUUAUAAACGUGCUAUAAAUGAGAAUAAUUGUACAUAUUGAAUAUGGAUAACGUAGGAGCGGAUGCAAUAAUAACACCGUUGCACCAUUGAAUCUGAUUUGAUUUUUUAAAGUCUGUUAAUUUUUUAAAUUGUUUUUCUUACAUCCUCUAAGUAUUUCAAUUAUUGUUGUCUUUAUCCAGAGUUUAUUUUAUAUUUUAUGUAUUUUUAGGAGGAGAAAUUAUGAUUGCUUAUAAAAUAUUGCAUUCGCCCCUGGAAUUGCGGCAUGUAUAUAUGUAGAUAGAUAUAUGUAUUUGUUUCAUAGUCAGGUGAAGAAUGAUUUUAUUUGAUGACACAAGACUUCAGUGUAUCGUUAAACUGUAUAAGUUUUUCUACAAUUAAAUAAAUUGUAUACUUUCGUAAAUCA